AUGUCUGUCCGAGACGCCGAGCAGUAUAUGAUGUGUGGUCCUGAACGUCGUAAAAAGCAUGGCAGAAAGAUCGGCACCAGAAACGGUGAUGAAGCACAAAUCUACAUAACCACGAACUCAAAGGUAUCGCUGUAUGCGUUUGACAUCAAGUCGCCGAAAUUCCAUAACAGUAACGAACUACAUCGGGCGGCAACUUAA